AUGGCGGGCUCGUCGCCUCCCCCAGCUUACUCCGACCUCAAGAGGGGCUUGGGGAAGAGCGGCAGCGGCGCCCAGCUCCAGCUGAACGGCGCCGAGGAGAUCCCUGUCCCCGAGGAGGAAGAGGAGCAGCGCCCCCCGCCCAAGAACUACUUGUGGCUAAGCAUUCUCUCCUGCUUCUGCCCCGCGUACCCCGUCAACAUCGCCGCCUUCGUUUUUUCGGUCAUGGCGCUAAACAGCUACACCCAAGGAGACAUCGAAGGGUCGAGAAGGCUGGGCCACACGGCCUUGCUGGUCGCCAUCGCAUCCAUUCUCAUCGGGGCCCUGAUGAUUGCAAUCCUUUGUAUUGUCCAUUAUACUACGGUAAGCCUACCUUGGUGGCAUGUGGCUUGUAUUUAA